GAAGCUUCCACCGAGGCGGCACCAAUCACCGGGACGCUACAAUGGGAAUUGAUUUGAUCGCUGGAGGUAAGAGUAAAAAGACCAAAAGGACAGCUCCUAAGUCUGACGAUGUCUACCUCAAGCUCACUGUCAAGCUUUACAGGUUUCUUGUAAGGAGAACACAAAGCAAGUUCAAUGCAGUUAUCUUAAAGAGGCUUUUCAUGAGCAAAGUCAACAAAGCUCCUCUUUCUCUUUCUAGACUCGUUGAGUUCAUGACCGGCAAGGAAGAUAAGAUUGCUGUCUUGGUUGGAACCAUAACUGAUGAUUUGAGGGUACACGAGAUCCCAGCUAUCAAGGUUACAGCCUUGAGGUUUACAGAGAGAGCCAGAGCUCGCAUUGAGAAAGCUGGUGGUGAAUGCUUAACCUUUGACCAGCUUGCUCUCAGAGCUCCACUUGGACAGAACACUGUUCUUCUUAGAGGACCUAAGAACUCACGUGAAGCUGUGAAGCAUUUUGGUCCUGCUCCUGGUGUGCCACACAGUCACUCCAAGCCUUAUGUUCGGUCCAAGGGAAGGAAAUUCGAGAAGGCCAGAGGAAAGAGGAAGAGUCGUGGAUUCAAGGUUUAAGAACAUUGUCAGUGUCUUUGAACUUGCUUCUGGACUGUUGUUGUUGCCUGUUGACAAUAUUUUAAGAUUUAUUAAUAUUGUGCUUAUUGCACAUUGUACUGCACCAUGGAUACAACCAAAAGGAUCUUAGGUUACUUGUUUUGUACGGCACACACUAAAAACACAAAGCACUCAUACUUCUAGGGUCGAAACAUUUUGAUUUGCAGAUUUUAAUAUCUUU